AUCUGUGGGUGAUGGAUGCCUCGGCCAGUUCAUCAAGUGGAAAGGAGAAAGCUGUGGUUUCUUUUCUUAGGAAGCCUCGGAUUCUACUUGCUGCUUGUGGAAGUAUUUCUGCGGUAAAGUUUGGAGAUCUUUGUAGUCUUUUUGCAGAAUGGGCAGAAGUAAAUGCAGUUGUCACUAAAUCAUACUUGCGUUUUAUUGAUGGACAAACAUUUCCCAAAAAUACACAAGUAUUCAGUGAUAAACAUGAAAUGUUCCAUUGGGGAAAGCUAGGUGAUUCUGUACUUCACAUUGAGCUUAAUAAAUGGGCUGAUAUCAUGGUCAUUGCUCCAUUGUCAGCAAAUACUCUCGCCAAGAUAGCGGGAGGGUUGUGUGACAAUCUACUGACAUGCAUAGUGCGAGCAUGGGACUACAGAAAGCCAUUUUUUGUUGCACCAUCUAUGAACAGUUUUAUGUGGGACAACACUUUCACAGAACAGCAUUGCAUUACCCUUGAAGAUCUUGGCGCCAUUCUCAUCCGACCACAAAAACCAAAUAUAGAUGGUGAGGAAGCAGAAUAUGAGCAUAGCUUAAUGGAAGAACCUUCCAACAUUUGCUCAAAUGUGAGAGUUUCUUAUAAACAAUAUUUGGAGAAAAGGGUAUGUAGGGGUGAGGUUUAGCAAUCUUGAACAUUAUGCCUUACCAGGACCAUUUGUCUUGGCUCCUCUUUGAUCUUUUAUCAGUUGAAGAAUCUAGUGUGAUGAUCUCAUAGUUGUAAUUGUACAUGUUAUGCUUUUCUUAAUAUACACACAUUAC